CGGUGAUGUAAGUGUUUUUCCGUUAACUAGUAGGUGUUUGUGUGAAGACUGAAGAACUUCUUACUGACCAUAGUAGUCGAUCGUUUUGCAAUCAAGGUACACCCACUUUGCAGGGUGGAGUGGAACCAAAGAGAAAUAGAUGUUGAAGGCCAAGUUCCUUCUUCGUUUUGGAAGUAAUCCUGUGCGGGUUGCGGCUUUCAGCUUCAAGAAACUCAGGAAAAUUCAGGUCCUUGAUACCGACAUUUCUUCUGCUGUUGACAAAAUUUUGCAAGAAAUGGAUGUUGUAUCCUAUAGAGUACUAGGCUAUCUUCUUCUCGGCAUUGUCAGAAUAUACUCGAGAAAGGUUGAAUAUGCACUUGAUGAUUGCAAGGAGAUGCUCAUUAACGUUAAUAAAUUUGUGGACAAUAGAGAAGACUUUGCCCAUGUGGAAACCUUGCGUAUAUGUGUUAGUAUACCUGAGAGAUUACAGUUGGAUGCUUUUGAGUUGGAUGUACUUGAAGAUACUGGCAAAGACCAUACUGCUCUUCCAGAAGAAAUUACUAUUAGAGACAAAGAGGUUGUGUGUAAAACUGGGGAUUUUGGGCUGUUUUCUCAAGAGAAGGUAUGCAUUCCAUAGUUCUUCAUAGGUAUCAAAUUGUAGUGUCUCAAUUCUUUAUCUGAAUAAUGUUUAUUCUAUUUUAUCCACGCAAUUAUUUUUGUUUCUGUUUGUCUUGGGCUGUUCACUAAGAUAUUGUCUAAUAAAUGCUUUUCCGUGAGUAUAUAGGUCUGUUUCUGUUGGAUUCAAGAAAUAAACACAUUUAAUUCUAGAUAAAUUAUAGAAUCAUCUUACUGUAUUUAGUUAAGAUUUUAGUAUAAAAAUAAAAAAAUACUGGGUUUCCUUAAAAUAGAUUUCUUUCAAAACACCAAAAUCAACAACCUCAACCCGUUAUUGCCUUGUGCAAGUUGUCAAACUAUAACUGGCACACCAUUGGAUAAAACUGCUUUACUCGAAAUUAAUGUAAAAAUAACUUCCUAAUGCAGAGGUAUAACUGCCUAAUUUUUGUUAUGGCUUAUCAAUGCCUUGUGUUACACAAGAAGCCUUGCACUAAGUACUGAAAUAAAGUAAUUGUUCCUAGCAACUCAGCUAUGAAUUUGGUCCCAACAAUGCAACCUUUUUAUCUUCAUCUCUCAAAAUAAGCAUUCUUAAAGUUUUUUCAUGAUACCCAUGAUGUGGCCAUAAUAAUGGUUGGCAACAUUGAAAACGAUAAACUUCUUUCUAAAAUUUUCUCAAGUUAAACAAACAAAAUGUUUUGAACAAUGAAUUUUCUUUUGAAUUACCACUAGUAUAACAUCUUCCCAGUUCCCACUGUAUCUCUAUCAGCUUUAACCCUUUUUAAAGAAAAAAAAUGUUGUUCUCGGGUUGAAUUAGGAUUCAAAUCUCACUGGUUAUAAC